AUGCAGUACAGACCGCCGCCUUCAACAAUGGGAUAUGGUAAUCCACAAAUGGGUUUUGGACCCACGUACACACCGUCCAUGGCUCCGCCUAUGCCCUUUGUGCCCGGCGGACAGGGGCAACCCUUCAUGUUUGUAAGAAACCCACMGAUUGGACAAAAUAUAGGAGCUCAACCAUACCAACCAGUUCGUCAAGAGUCUCAGGUACCACGUAAAAAGAAUAUUAUCAAAAUCAGAGACCCUAAUCAAGAUAAUAAAGAUGUAACAGAAGAAAUCUUAUCUUCUGCUGCUCAUUCAUCCUCCAGUUCAACGUCAGAUACAAAUGUUUCAGGCCCUUCUAGUAGUUCAAACACWCCCCCUAUUAGCAGUAACUCUACMAAUGAACAAGAYAAUACGGCUGCUACRUUUAUGAAGCAAGUAGCAGCCACAUUACAUGAWGAUAAGCCUAAAUCCCCWACAACCCAAAUUACUAAACCAAUUCAAGUUGCAAAAAGUACAUCUCCAAAGCAAGGCAAUGCAGGGAUUAAGAUCAUUUCCAUUGAGAAAAAAGGUUCAAAAAUUAAUGAUAAAGAAAAAGUUGAGAUUGAGAGUGUUAAACCACAGCCUAAACAAACAGAAGAAGCUCCUGUUGYAGUUAAAACAGUUGAAAAAGAGGAAACCGAAGCAGAUGGAGCUUCAGUUAGCAUAUUAAACAAAGAAAAAMCWGAAAAGGAAGAAGAAAAGAAGGAGACAUUAACAGAGCCUAMGGCUGCUGAGCCUUCUAUAAACAAUGACACUUCUACUAAAAGUGAUUCAAACAUUACAACAGAACAAUCUAAAGCUGAAAGUAAACUCCCUGUUGAAGCUAAACAAACUGAAAUUGUUCCMAAUGGUUCAAUAAGUCCAAGCGAGGAAACCAUCAAACCUGAAGAAAGCAAAGAAGUCGAAGUGACRCCACCAGAGGAGGAUUUACCAAAGGCUGAUGUAAAUGCUGUCAGCUCUAUCAGUAAACCUGAAGUAGAAACAGAACCAGAAAUAGUUGAAGAUAAGACUGAGRUUCUGGAGUCAACAGAAGAGAAAGUUUCUUUGGAAAGUGCUGUAAAUGGGAUUGAGACUGAAMCUAAGACUAAGCAAGCAGCUCCAGCAAGCACGGCAACAGAACCUGGUAAGGAGUUUGAGAAAAUAUAUAAAUAA